AUGAUGAUGAUCAAAUCGCUGCAGCAUCUCUUCUUGGCAAUCUCCUCUCUGCUGUUGUUGUUGAGUGCAAACGCUCUUGUGCCCAACGACUGUCUCUCUUGCAGAGGAUCCAAUACUGCUGCUGCUGCUGCUGCUACUGCUUUUCGAGCAAGGUCACCAUUUACUAGUUUGCCUUCUUGGAAGCAACCACAAACAAGAUCACUUUCAAAGCAUUCUUCCUUGGUCGUGCUGCUCUCGGCAACCGCAGUCGAUGACAGUUUGGUAGAAAGCAAACAAAAGACGCAACCACCCUCGCUUCCACCUAAUGAUGACAACGAUGGCGAACUCGAUUUGUCCAGUCGCAUCAUCAACUUUGUCUUUUUGGCACUGGCCUUUGGGUACGCGGCCUAUACCAUUUUGAAUAUUGACAAUGGCAUGACCCGGGGCUGGACCACGGGGGAAAUUGCCAUGCGGAUUCCCUUGGACAAUUGGGGAGCCUACGAAGAUUACUUGGCCAACAAACCCAUUUUUACCAAGACGCUGAUCAAUGUGAUCAUUUACUUGCUGGGAGAUUGGUUGAGUCAGACGGCCUUUCAGGGAAAGAAUGUUUUGGAUUUUGAUAUUUCUCGGACACUCCGCAAUGGCUUUAUUGGGCUUUGCUUUGGACCAUUGGUCCACGAAUAUUAUCAAUUCAGUGAUACCAUUUUGCCACCCGAAAAUGGUUUUGUUACCCGAUUGGAAAAGAUUUUUAUGGAUCAAACCAUUUACUUGACCGUCAAGUGCAGCAUUUACAUUAGUGCUGUGGGACUCUUGGGUGGGGAUGACUUGGCAACUGUCAAGCAGACUGUUCAAGAUAAGAUUGGUGGAGUAGUAGUGACGGCAUGGAAAUUUUGGCCAUUGGUCCAUUGCAUUACCUAUGGAUUGAUUCCGGCCCGUCAUCGCAUUCUUUGGGUCAACUCGGUGGAUUUGGUAUGGAAUGCUAUUUUGGCUUCCAAAGCGCAAAAGACUGAUGAGGAUGAGGAUGGUUCGGAGGAAGGAGGAGAAGGCGAAGCAUCAUCAUUAGUCCUGGACGCAGUAGCGGUGGAGAUUGAAAAUGAUGAACAAGAACCAGCACAGGCUCACAACAGUCUCAAGGGAGCAGGCGAUGAGGUUCCAUCUCUGAUUCUAGAGAACAAUAACAAGCUAUCAUUAGUCGAAGAAGAGUCGUCAUCGGAACACAAUACUGUCGCGGCCGAAGUAAUGGAGUUGAAUGGAACCAUGGUGUCGGGAUCCAAUUCCACAGAAAAGGGGGUGCUAGUAGCACCUUGA